CGUUUAUCUGCGAGGUCAGAGAAGGCUGGCUGCGUUCAGUGGUGCUGUUGAAAAACACGAUGAAAAUGGCGUGGCAACCGCAAGAGGAAGGACUUCGACAAAUCUUGACGCUCCUCAAGGAGUCUCAGAGCCCGGAUACGGCUACGCAGCGAGCCGUUCAAGAAAAAUUGGAAGAAUUAAACAAAUUUCCUGACUUUAAUAAUUACCUUAUUUUUGUUUUAACAAAACUCACAUCAGAGGAUGAACCAACAAGGUCUCUAAGUGGAUUGAUUUUGAAAAAUAACGUUAAAGCUCAUUUUUAUAAAUUUUUACCAGAGGUUACAAAUUUCAUCAAGCAAGAAUGUUUAUCAGCAGUUGGAGAUCCAUCACCUCUAAUUCGUGCAACUGUUGGUAUUUUAAUAACUACCAUUGCAUCCAAAGGUGAAUUAACCAGAUGGCCAGAAUUAUUACCUGCACUUUGUCAAAUGUUAGAUUCACAAGAUUAUAAUGUGUGUGAAGGUGCCUUUGGUGCUCUUCAAAAGAUUUGUGAAGAUUCUUCAGAAAUAUUGGACUCUGAUGCACUCAAUCGACCAUUAAAUGUUUUAAUUCCAAAGUUCCUGCAAUUUUUUAGACAUUCAAGCCCUAAAAUUAGAUCACAUGCUAUUGCCUGUGUUAAUCAGUUUAUUGUUAAUCGUACGCAGGCUUUAAUGAUUCAUAUAGAUAGUUUUUUGGAGAAUCUCUUCCAUUUAGCUAAUGAUGAUGAUUCUGAUGUUAGAAAACAUGUUUGCAGAGCUUUGGUAAUGUUGCUUGAAGUACGAAUGGAUAGAUUAAUACCACAUAUGCAUAACAUAAUAGAAUAUAUGUUAAUGAGGACUCAAGAUCUUGAUGAAGGAGUUGCUUUAGAAGCCUGUGAAUUUUGGCUUUCAUUAGCUGAGCAACCAAUUUGUAAAGAAGCACUUGCACCACAUUUACCCCGUUUAGUACCUAUAUUGGUAAGAGGCAUGAAAUAUUCGGAAAUUGAUAUAAUACUUCUAAAAGGAGAUGUAGAAGAAGAUGAAAUGAUCCCAGAUAGAGAAGAAGAUAUUAGACCAAGAUUUCCAAAAUCAAAAACACAUCAUACACAUCACGCUAAUAUGAAUAAGCAUACAAACGAAAACGGAGGUUGUGAUGAAGAUGAUACAGAUGCUGAAGAUGGAUGUGAUGAUGAUUCAACACUUAGUGAUUGGAAUUUAAGGAAAUGCUCUGCUGCUGCUUUAGAUAUGUUAGCAAACGUAUUUAGAGAAGAAUUAUUACCAGUUUUAGUACCAAUUUUAAAAGAAACACUUUUCCAUCAAGAUUGGGAAAUCAAAGAAUCUGGAAUAUUAGCAUUGGGAGCUAUAGCAGAAGGUUGUAUGAGUGGAAUGAUUCCACAUUUAUCAGAAUUAAUUCCAUAUUUAAUUAGUUGCUUAAGUGAUAAAAAAGCACUAGUACGCGCUAUUACUUGCUGGACAUUAAGUCGAUAUGCACAUUGGGUUUGUGCGCAACCUCAUGACACUCAUUUGAAACCUUUGAUGACAGAAUUACUCAAAAGAGUACUUGAUGGCAAUAAACGCGUUCAGGAAGCCGCAUGUUCUGCUUUUGCAACAUUAGAAGAGGAAGCAUGCACAGAAUUAGUCCCUUAUCUUGGAUUUAUUCUUGAGACACUUGUUUUUGCUUUUGGAAAAUAUCAACAUAAAAAUCUUUUAAUAUUGUACGAUGCAAUUGGUACACUUGCUGAUUCAGUAGGACAUCAUCUUAACAAACCAGAUUAUAUUAACCUUCUUAUGCCACCACUUAUUAAUAAAUGGAAUGUAUUGAAAGACGAAGAUAAAGAUCUCUUUCCACUAUUAGAAUGUCUUUCUUCAGUUGCAACUGCUUUACGAUCUGGUUUCCUUCCUUACUGUGAACCCGUAUAUAGACGGUGUGUAUCUCUUGUAGAGCAGACAUUAAAUCAACAUAUAGCAAAUACACAAAGCCCAGAACAAUUUGAAGCCCCUGACAAAGAUUUUAUGAUUGUUGCAUUAGACCUCCUUAGUGGUUUGGCAGAAGGCUUGGAUGGUCAUAUGGAACGUUUAGUAAUGAAUAGCAAUGUUAUGCAAUUAUUAUAUCAAUGUAUGCAAGAUGUUAUGCCUGAAGUUAGACAGAGCAGUUUUGCUUUAUUAGGAGAUCUUACAAAGGCCUGCUUCCAACAUGUUCUCCCAUGUAUACCGGAAUUUAUGCCUAUACUUGGACAAAAUUUAAAUCCUGAAUUUAUAUCUGUAUGUAAUAAUGCAACAUGGGCUAUUGGUGAAAUAGCUAUAAAACUCGGGUCUGAUACAAGUGCAUAUAUUCCAUUAAUUCUGACACAGCUCAUCGACAUAAUCAAUAGACCAAAUACACCAAAAACACUGCUAGAAAAUACAGCCAUAACGAUCGGUCGCCUAGGUUAUGUGUGUCCCCACGACGUCGCCCCCAUGUUACAGCAGUUUGUCCGACAGUGGUGUACUUCUUUGAGAAGCAUAAGAGAUAAUGAGGAAAAGGAUUCAGCAUUCAGAGGUAUGUGUCAAAUGAUCACUGUAAAUCCAGCAGGAGUUGUGCAAGAUUUUAUCUUCUUUUGCGACGCUGUUGCAUCUUGGGUAACGCCUAGAGAAGAUCUUAAAGGCAUGUUCCAGAAGAUAUUACAUGGAUUUAAAAAUCAAGUUGGUGCGGAAAAUUGGAAACGAUUUUCAGAUCAAUUCCCACCACAGCUCAGUGAACGACUCCAUAAUAUGUAUGGCGUCUGAGCAGCCCCGUCUAAAUAUGAAGGCCGCUUUAAGGGGCAGGCCGAAAGGGGUUGGGCGGGAAACAGAAUAAUGGGUGGACAGGGUGGGUGGGUGAAACCACGGCCUCUUCUCAUCAACAUCGUUGUCGUUAACGUGUUAUGGUCAUCGUCAGGCUCUUGGGGGAAUUAAUAUGCGUUAUUAGAGCUACAGCCAGUAAGCGAUAUAAAUGAAAAAUCGAAAUGAG